AAUUUAGAAAAAAAUGAUAUUACUCAAACUACGAAAUAUCGAUUAUGUUCAAAUACACAAGUGCUUGCACACGCAACUUUCGCGAACUUAACUUUGUCCUUCUCGCCAAUUUCAAGGAGACGCCAUCGACACCUAAGCUUCAGUGGAUGGCCAGUCGGAAUCCAUACCCUCCACUGCAUCCGCUUAUAAUGAAGUUCACCUUUGACAUCGACAUAACAUGUUUUUCCAUUCGACAAAUGAAAUUGUUAGCAGCGAUCCUCGGCAUACUUAUCGUCUCGCUGGUCCAAUUCUGCUGGAGCGGUCCACCAACAAUUUUCUUUUUCACGUUCACCCUUCUGUCACUCACUCUCACUUUGGUUCUGCUCCUGGGGGAGGCGUGUCGGUGGAAAAGAUACUGUUCUGAUUUGGACAACGUUGAGCUGGGAUUCUUCCUCUGUGGAGGAUUAGCUCAUAUCCUGUGUGCCAUCUUGAUGGUCGCUCUGAAGGGCAACCGGUGGGAGGGGUCAUAUUCAUAUGAUCAAAACACAAUGAAGAACUCGAUAACAGCAUAUGUUUCCGUGAUUGGAAUACUGAAUGGAAUAUUGUACCUGAUAAUUGCUGCUAGAACGUAUCGGUGCUCAGGAACGAGGUCAGACAACGACGACUGUGAAGAACUGGCAGCCAGCAGCCCGAUCCAUGUCAUCUACGGAAUUGGGCGUACGGACACAAUUUCGUCCGCACAAGUGGGUCCACCCCCACCGUACGCUGAUGCAGUGCAAGCCCAACCUACGCAAUUCAUGUGAUAGAGUAAAAGCUGCAUUUUUAUUUAAUUUGGAGAUUAAUUACAUGACACAAUCAAGUUCUGGCAAUUUGAUCAUUUAGUAUUUUAAAGUAAGAACGCAUUAAAAACAAUGUCAAUUUAUUAGAAAUAUUGUCAUUAGUUUUAUGGAACUAUUGUGAAAAGCUAAACCUUAAUUACAAGACACAAGGUUAUCAUGUCUGACCAACCAUCGGUCACAAUGUGCGUCACAAAAUUUAGCAUCAACAACGCAAAUUAGUCUUGCAAUUAUAUUUGAAUAAGCUGGCAAACGUGGUACAAAGAAAUACAUACGAAUAAAAUAUGCAUGAUGAUGCCUGCGUGAAAAAGUUUUGCAUUCAA